AUGAGCAGCAACGCACGCACCUCGAGUCAACCGCAUGCAUAUCCCUCUCCUCCUCCCCCUCCCCCAUCCCGAGCCAGCCGAGCGACAUGUCGGGGUGAGCUCCCAUGGCGCGAGGGCGAGGACCUCUCGUGUCUUGCUUCACUCACACCCGGUCGUCUUCGAUGUGGCAAAUUGGAUCCCCCAGACAGUAAAACCCAAACCCAAACCGUGCCAGCUCCCUUUUCGCCCGCUUCCCAAUCUCCAAGAUCCACAGCGACCUUUCUCACAUCAACUCCUCUGAUACUUCGCACGUAUAUCUAUUCAUCUUCGGGGGCUUGGCGGGCUAGCUUUCACAUGAUUUUUCCAUCCCAAACCUCUGUCGCCCGACCAGAGAUUUUCCGCUCUCGUCUCGAUGGACCGCAAGCAAGCAAGCGGGCAAGCGAGCGAGCGAGCGAGCGAGCGAUACUCAUGCAUGUAGAUCCGGGGUCCGGUCAGCCAGCAGCAUGCGCAUGCGGCCUACGAUUCGUACGUACAUGGCAAGCAAGCCUGGGUCGUCUUUUCGGAAAAAAGGUAGAUCUGGGAGGCGAUAUACGGAAAUUACAUUGCAUACCCGUGAGACCAGAUUUCAACAGAUCAGCGACCCUUAGCGCGCUUCUGGAUAGGUACGGUACCGUAGACGACCAGGAGAGCAGGAAAGCAAUCUGGCCUGAUCAUCUAUAUCGACCGACCGCUCUGGGUCCGGUCCCGGAGGGCGCCGCGCAAGAGAAGGAUAAAAAGAUACUGCGGAUCUUUCUGGGUGGAUUAUUGUUGUUGUUGUUGUUGUGGGCCGCGCCCGAUGGGACGGACAGUUCUGUUUCUGUCUCGCUCGCAGGCGCGAACAGUUUGAAGCGAGGCAUCCGAGAAAAGGCGGGAGAAACCCACGAGGCGUGCGGACAUCGAACUGGCAAAACAGUGCAUGGAAUACUUCAUUCCAGCCCUCAUCCUUCCCACUUCCUCUCAGCCUCUGCAGAUGUGACGGUCAACGGGCGCAACUCCCCCUCGCUUAGUGGUCCAGAGCCAACAGAGAAGACGGUAACACGAGAUCACAGCAAGGACGGGGAACCGAGUAACCUCUCGAGGACGUACGCGACGGGUUCCUGUUCGGUCCCGGCUGAGCUGAGCUGGGCUGGGCUGAGGCUGGGCUUGCCAUCAUGCCGCCGCCUCUCCGCCGCCCCCUUUCCCAGCAUCUUGGGAGUAUCUUAUGCUGGUAGCUGCUCGCACGCAGUUGCGUCUCGUGCUCGCCGUCGUACACAGCUAAGUACCCAGUCCCAACCUAACAGCUCGAUAUCUUCGGGACGGCGCCGUGCCACCCAGCGACCGUCCGCUAUUGGGGACUUCUGGAAGACGGUCACCGCUACACAUGUGCUAUUCUGGGAAGGUCACUGGAGCGCACCACAGGCACCGAAGAACUGGACUGGCGGUGCUCUCGCUCCUGAGACAUAUCCAUCUCCCCUCGUCCGUCGCGCACGAAAACGCCAACGGGAUGCAGGGAGUGACAUUCUACAGAGCCGCAUCUUAGGGGCGUCCACACGCUUGGGACGCAUGACACCGAAUUGGCCAGUCCAAACCGCGGGCAAGCCCCUCUCUCCUGGGCCCGGGGAUUCGGCCAUUAGGAGAGGAGGUGCUGCUGCUGCUGCUGCUGCUGCUGUAUGCAGCUAUCCAGCCGAGGACAGCCAUCCAUCUAUGCGGAGAACCCUUGCAUCAAUCCGCACCUCAACCCACAACAAGGCAGGCCGGCCUCAGAAUAGCAUCAACCCAGAAUCCUGGUUUUCCUGCGCCUCCCAACGCCAGCCAGCGCACGCUGUUCCCGUCCCCGAUGGACGAGAGUCCUUUCCAGCAACGCGCGGUCGGCUACACCACAGCAUCUGUCCGACGAAAGUUUCCGACCGCCCACCAGGAGCCGCCGCGCUACCCGCUACCACCCACUCCUUACCGCGAACGGAGAAUUGCAUGAUCGUGAGGAAACCCUUUCGUCUCAUCCCCUGCAUGCCAAAGAGUCCAGUGGCGGCGACGCCGUGGCGAACGCCAACCCUCCCGAGCGAACGGGCAAAUGGAAAGCCCUUGGACACCACGACGUUCCGCCCCCCAGCCCGCGCCCACAAAAAUACGGACGGGACGUUACACACAAACUAA